AUGUGGAUUUUACUCCUUAUGCUCUUUGGUCUAUGCCCGUUUGCUGUACAGGGAGGUCGACAGAUGCCCAAGCUCUCCGACAAAAAGUUAUGCGCGGAUGCAGAAUGCAGUCAUCCUAUUCUCAUUGCCCGAGCCCUCCAGGAUUUCUAUCCCCAGGACUGUCGCUUCAUCCCAAUUCGUCAAGGUCAACUUGUUUACGUUUAUGCCAUGCUGAAGGAUAGUGGUAAUCUGUAUUGGGCUGGAAGUGUUCAAGGAUCGUACUAUGGUGAGCAGGAGGCUCGUCUUGGCCAUUUUCCGAGCAGCGUUGUUGAAGAAACCCAUGCACUGAUGCCAGCUGAAGUUGAAGUCGAGACUGAUAAAUGGGAUUUCUACUGCUCUUGA